UCUCCUCCUGCAUGGUCUUCCUCUUGAACUCCUGCAGAUUUUCAAAGUACUCCUCCACGUCCCGCUCGUCCUGCGUGAACAACGUGUCGAGCACAAUCUUUCGCCCGCAGAUGUCAAUGGCCGUGCUGAAGUAUUUCUCCAGCUUUCUACACGGCGUAUCGAAAUCCCGUUCAUCGUCGUCCCCGGUACCUGACCUCCGGUUUAGGAAGAGCAAGUCCCAAAUGUUGCCGUCUUCGAAGUCUGACAAGUCCGGGAAGCAGGUUACCAAGAUGUCCGCCACACAGCUGAACUGCUGAUGGAUGUGUUUUAGAUCGUUGACAGAGAAAAGUCCAGCCCAGCUCAUCUGAUGGUCCCCGGUGACAACCUCGGCUUUGCGUUUCUGCCGUUGUAACGUCCGGUUGUGGCAGCUUCUGGGUGAGGGUUGGACUGCUUGCAGAGCUGGACUGUCGGACAACACUGUUGGCCUGAAAUGGCUGUUUAGAACAGACUGGUUUGCUGAACUACCCAGUCACUCGCCUCAUGGACUUGUAUGAGAUUGGAGGCAGAUUGGAUGUGAUUGCAGAAGAAGCUGAGCACCAGGAGUCGACCACAAUGGCAGACAAAGGAAGAAGGGAGACGCGAGGAGUUUCCACCUUCCAGAGGUUUUCUGUUGACACCAAUGAGUCCCUUCAUUUUGAACCCUGUGACGACAGCCCGCCAUCUCCCACCGGGGCAGAAGAUGGACUUGAUGUGUUUAUAGAGGAAGAAAGUGAGGGUGAGAUUGACACAAUCAGGAAUCAGUUGCAAGGGAAGGUGGCUGAGAUGGAGAACUUUGCAGGUCAUCUGGAGGAAAUCUUUCUCACUGUGGAGGAGAAUUUUGGCCGUCAGGAGCAGCACUUGGAGCAGCACUACAACGACGUACUGCAGACGUUGUCUCAGCGAUAUGACGAGCGGGCGGCUGGACUGGAGGAGGAGAAGAAGGGCAAGCUGGAGGCCCUGUACAAGCAGCUGCUGGUUUGUGGUCGAGAGAUGGAUGCCUCCAAGGAGCUCAUCGAGACGGCCCAGGAGAUCUACCGCAGCCAAGACAAGAGGCUUUUUCUGAAGGCAGUUAUGCCCACCAUUAAAAGAAUCGAGGAGUUUGCCAAAGAUGAGGUUGACCUCACGUUGUCUACAAGUCUUGAGUUUAACACUCCACUCGCUGACCUGUCAGAUGUGAAAACCAUGAUGGACUCAAUCAACGUCGUUCCAGCUCCAUCUGCUCCGGUAAUCAACCCCCAGAUGCCCAACUCUGCCACGCAGACAUCCCUGCGUGUGUGCUGGAGCUUGUUCUCUGACGACACGGUGGAGUACUACGAGCUUUACUACAGACCGGUGCUGGAGGACACACCGGCAGACAGCACCUGUGCUCCACACGUAAGCAAAGUAAAAGUGAAGGAGACCCACUGCACCGUGACAGAUCUACUGCCCAAUGCUCAGUAUGAACUCUGGGUGACUGCUACCAACACCACAGGCAUCAGCCCAGCCAGCGAGAAGGCCUUAUACAUGACAGUGCCGUCUCCUCCGGUGAUCAAGCAGAGGGAGUGUACUAGCUGUCCCGAGGCUGCUCUGAUCCGCUGGGAGUCAGGGAACACCAACCCUGUCGACUCCUACACUGUGGAGCUCAGUGAGAUGGGCACUAAUGGCACAGAGAGCGGUAUUACAGAGUCUAUAGUGGCCGUGCCCACCUGUCAGUGUCUGAUCCAGCUGCAGACAGGACGCCGUUACCUCAUUUCUGUGAGAGCAGUCAACAUUGGCGGCCCCAGCGACAAGAGUGAAGUCAUUACUGUCUCCACAACAGGAACAUUCUUCUAUCUCCUGGAGGACACUGCCCAUCCCUGCCUGUCCAUCUCUGAAGACGGCUUCACUAUGUUUUAUGGCGACGAGGAGCUUCCAAUCAGCGCUAUGGCCUUAGAUGACAACAACAGCUUUACCAGAUGUGUUGCUGUCCUGGGGGAUCUGAUCCCAGUGCGAGGCCGACAUUAUUGGGAAGUUGAGGUAGAUGAUGUUACAGAAUUUAGGAUCGGAGUUGCAUCUGAGGACACGGAGAGGAGCUCGUACCUCGGGGCCAACAACACCUCCUGGUGCAUGAGACACAUUCUCACUCCAUCCAGGCAUAAAUAUGAGUUUCUGCACAACGGCUGGAGUCCUGACCUGAGGAUCACAGUGAACCCAGUGCGGAUAGGAGUGGCUCUGGACUAUGAGAGGGGAACCCUGUCCUUUUUUAAUGUGGAUCUGGAACAACACCUACACACCUUCCACUGUCACUUCCUAAGUUACGUCCACCCCUGCUUUGGCCUGGACAACCCCGGAGCUCUUACAGUACACAACUGCAUAGAGGCUCCUGAGUAUGCAUUCAUCUGACAACUGCAAUCAUAGCUAGUAUUAUCAUUCAUUCAAUAAAAACGUUGUUUUUAAUAUU